GGGUCCCCCCCUGACUGCUCUGUGCCCCCCACAACCCCCGCACCUCUAGGGUCCGUGUGGAGCCAGAGCCUGGAGCGUCCCCCGGCCGCUGUUGGCCUGGCGUGAGGGGCCUAGCACCUUCUCCCCACCUCUGGCAGGGGGACUCCCCAGGCGACAGACCGGCAGUUCCCAGUCCCUUCAGUGAGCACACGGCCCCCCCAUGGCAGAGAAGGGCCCCUGCCCCGGGCUGGACGCCUCCCUGCGCAGCGAGGACCUGCUCAGUGACAUGGAGCCGCUGCCCCUCUCGGCCCCGGCCACGCCGGCCCAGCCCUUCGGCUCCGAGGUGACGGCCCAGCUCUAUGCCUCCCUGCGCCGGAGCCGUCAGGCCGAGCUGGACGCCUGCUCCCAGCUGCAGCCGCCCGACCUGGACGCCCUUGCCGAGGAACUGAGCCGCACGCUCUCGGCGGGGGUAGAGGCUAGCGCCCGCAGGAAGCAGGGCGGCGAGUCGCGGCAUGUGGCCGAGAUGGAGACCGUGAGGUCGCACCUGAGGACCAUGCUGCAGGAUUCCCGCGAUCUGCCCCCUGCAGGGGGCGUCCUUGGCCUGGGGACGGCACAGCGGAAGGACGACGACUCCUUUGAGAGCGACAGCACCACUGCCCUCCUCGCCGCUAGGCCCCUGCAGGAGCUGUCCCCGCCCGGCUCGGUGUGCGGCCUGGAGGAGCUGUUUCCCCGCUACGCCAGCCUGCGCCUGGGCACACCCCCUGAGCCCGCGCCCACCACGGAGCCCCUGCUGCUGAAGGAGGCGCUGGCCAAGGAGCGGGCCCGCCGGAAGCACUGUGAGCGGCACGUGCAGGGCCUGCAGAGCCGGGCCCUGGAGCUGCAACAGCAGCUGGCCGCAGCCAUCUCCGCUGACAUGAAGAAGGACAGUAUGAUCGAGCAGCUGGACAAGACCCUGGCCAAGGUGGUGGAGGGCUGGAACAGGCAGGAGGCGGAGCGGACAGAGCUGCUGCGGGGGCUGCAGGCAGAGAAGGAGGCGGUGCAGCGGGCGCUGAGUGAGCAGCAGGAGAGGGCGUCACAGCUGGAGGCGCGGCUGGAGCAGGCGCUGGAGGUCCUGAGCAGGGAGCAGCAGGCGGCGAGCCAGCAGCAGGAGGAGGCAGCAGCGCUGCAGGAGGAGAAGGCGGGGCUGCUGCGUAGCCUGGAGGCGGAGCGCCAGCGCGGGCGGGGGCUGCAGGCAGAGCGGGAGCACGGGCAGCGCCAGCUGGAGGCGCUGCGGGCCACGCUGGAGGAGCAGCAGGCAGGCUGGGCGCAGCGGGAGCGCCAGCUGGAGCAGCGGUGCCAGGCGCUGCAGGAUGAGAGCGCGGGGCAGCUGGAGCGAGAGAAGGCAGCCGUGCAGCGGGAGGCCCAGCGCGCGGCGGACGCCCAGCAGGUCCUGGCCUCGGUGCAGGCCAAUGCCCAGCGCCUGGAGAGCGAGCUGGAGGCAGCGCAGAGUGAGCGGGACGGGCUGCAGAUGGAGAUCAGCCUGGUGAAGGCGCGGUGUGAGGCACAGAAGGCGAAGCUGGAGGCGGAGCUGAAGGUGGCGUUGGAGCAGCAGGUGACGGAGAGGUUGGCACGGGUGCACGAGGACAGUUUGCGGCAGACGGGCGCCAUGCGGGAGCAGCACAGGAAGCAGCUGCUGGAGCUCAGCGGGCACCACGAGCGGGAGCUGGGCAGUCAGCUGGCGCAAUUCCGGGCCGAGCUGGCCGAGCGUGAGGAGCGUCAGCGGCGCCUGGUGGAGGACUAUGAGCUGAGGCUGGCCAGGCAGGAGGAGGCGGCGCGGGAGCUGCAGGCCGGGAAGUGGCGGCUGGAGGCCCAGCGAGCGGACAUGGUGGCCCGGCUCCAGGCCAUGAUGCAGUCGCACUGGAACGAGGCCCUGCGGGUGCUGACGGCGAUUCCUCCUCUCAGUCCCCCGCCAAGGGCCCCCGCCAGAGCCGUGCCCCUGCAGCCCAUCACCCAGCGCAGCUCUCUGCCCCCGGCGCGGGGUCCCGAGCGCUUCCUGCCCCUGGCGCCCAGCGGGUGCGUUUCCGCCGAGCUGGCCCAGCUCCUGAACCAGAGCCUCCUGAGCCAGCCGGGCUUCCAGCCACUGGAGCCGCAGCUCGACGACUCUGCCGGCCCAGGGCUGAGCUUGCACCCCCCUCACCUGGCGGAGCACCCCUACCCCGAGGAGGAGGGGGGGCCGAGCGAUCGCGAGACCCCCCCAGACAGCAGCCUGGAGAGCGGGGGGCGGGUGCUCCCCGGCCAGCUGCGCCCGGAGCUGCAGUACUACUUGUCGCUGCUGCUGGAGCAGAUGCCGAGUGACGCCCCCAGGCAGGAGGGGCCGGGGGGUGAGAGUCCCCCCCGACCCACGGGCCAGGCCCAGCCCCACACCCAGCCAGGUAAGGCUGCUCCACCUUGGUCCCGCCCCAUAGGAGCCCCAGGCCUGCCCCAUCUGGCAGGGGGUGAGGGGGGCAUCCUGUCCCCCCGGCAGGUGGCCGAGGUCUCCCGCCUGCUGCAGCUGUGCCAGGCCAAGGGCCGGGUGGCGCCCUCCUCCGAGGAGCUGUUCGCCUACCUGCGCUCCGGCGACAGCAGCGGGCCCGACGUGAAGGGCGACGGGGGCCACGUGAUCCCGUCCGCCCGCAGGAACCUCGACCCCAGGCUACCCGAGGCCGGCAGGAGAGAGGUGGGUCCCCCCCGGCGCCCAUCCAGCACCCGGCCCGGCCCCGAGAAGACCCAUGGCCCUUCCAAGGGUGGGCGGAAGGCGGCCCAGAUCGGUGCCCGUGCCAGCAAGGGGGGCGGUGUGUGGAGAUGAAGCUGGGUCCCCGCGGGGCGUCCUGAUACCUUCACCCCCUGCACCCCCUGGGCACAGACCCACCCCCCCAGUCCCAGGGGCCUCCCGCUGCCCGAGGGGCCCCGUUCUCAGCCCCGGUUCGCAUGUUGCGUUGGUGCCAGGGUGGCACAUGGGGCAGCACGCCCAGGCUGCCCCCCCUCGGCGCCAUGUUGCGUUGCUCUAAGUUAUUGCCCCCCCCGUUGGGGCGCUGUUGGAUAUUUUUCUAAAUAAAGAAGAUUUGGGUUUUGCAGCA